AUGGAUGGUCUGUUGACUGCCGUCAAUACGGUUAAGAGAGACGCAGAAACACCCUUGGUGACCUCGUCAGAGUCUCCUCAACAGCAAAAGCCUGUUCGCACAUCAGAUUUAUAUUUCAAUCAUCAUGAUCUAUCAUCAGACCAGAUCAUAAACUUAUUGCGAUCCAAUCCAGACCGCGAACAACUUUCUGCUAUUUUAGCAGCCCUUGAUCCAUUCAACAAAUUUUCCAAUGCAAAAGAUGUCGACAUCAGGAUCCCCAGUCCGACCACAGCCCAGAUUCUCCAAGUUUUAGUCAGCGCCACGAUACCUGACCACUGGGGAUCGUUGGAUUCAAAGGAGAGAAAGACCAAAGACAGCAAAACUCGAGCAGCAUUAUUGAGAUGUCUCAGCAGUGUGGCCGGUCUGGGGUCCAUCGUGGCCCAGGUACGGUCUCUGGUGGCGGCGGCUCGCACCAAAGAAGCUCAAAGCUCGGGCAGCCAACUUGUCAUUCAAGAUAUUCUUACCGUCCUUGCUGCAUUGUUGGAGCCUGAAGACUUCUUGUCUCGUCUAUAUGCAGACAUUUCGGUCGUCUAUGACCACAAGACCCGGCAGCAAGUAGCCUGGAGAGAGCUCGCCUCGCUCGUUGCUGCAGGUCGAAUUCUGUCCACGGUAGCGGAGGCACUCACUCUCUUGGAUGAUUCAAAACAUUUAUCAUCAAUCUCCUGGGUUGGAAAUGGCUCUCAAUAUGCAUUGUGGCUUGGCGGCAAUGUCUGUCAUCUGGUCUCGAAGCUGAAAACCGAGGACGAAAAUGCCUGGGACUUUGUCGCUUUUCUCCUUGGACGGGCAUUAAGUCUUGGAUACACAGACCAGUUAGUUAGGAAGAUCUACUCGGGACUUUUGAUCGAAUUUCCUAUCCCAGACCAUUUUGGCAUGCUUCUUGAUCGUCUCCGGCAGUCUGAGCAGCUUGCUGUUGUUGAAGCUAUUUUCCGUGAUGUACAAAAGAAACAUUUCUCGGAAGAAUUGGCGGGUACAAUCACCCAGCCAUUUACUCCAGAUGAGGUCGUCAAAGGGGUAGCGGCAUUAUGUGCGAUCAUCAUUGGCAAUCGCCCUUUUUUGAGAAAUCAGAUAUUGGAUUGGCUCUCGAAAAGCCAAGGUGGUUCAAUACAAACACUAGGGCUGCGACGAGCUCUCUUAGCUACUCUUGCUAACCAGGAGGAUGCGCUCAAAUAUCUUCUCACACGUGGUCUGGAACAAUUUGGCGAUAAGUUCCACAUUAAACAUAUUCCGAUCAUAACACAGAAUGCAAACGCUCAAUUGAUCCUUUUGGCUGCGGGUCAUCUUCAUCGCCUAAGUCCAACCCGACUGAAGGAUAUAGGGCGAACAGGGAUCUUCCUGAAUUCAGUCUCCAAUCGACUUGCGGCAUCUUCAAACAGAGCACGAUUCCUGGGCAUGGUUGUUGGGACAGGGAUGUCUAGGCUCAUCGAAGAACCGGGCAAGGCGAUGGAGUUUGACCUGGAAGAGAUGCGAGGAGAAGAGGCAUAUCGGUACUUGAACCUAAUCACAAUCCAAGAUGAGGUUGGAUCAUUGGAGUCCAUCAAGUCAAUUCAAGACCUAAGCCAACUCCCGCAACCGAAAGCGAAAGCCACCCAUUCCAAACGUGCGCCACAGGCAAAGGGACGCCCACAAACAGGCAAGAUCGUGGCUAUCGAGGAAAUUGAUGACAGCGACGAGGAAACAGAUGAGGACGAGGACCUGGUCCCGUAUGAAAAACCCGACGCCGAUGCCUCUGAUUCGGACGAGGAUCCUACUUUGGUCCAACGUAACAAGCCUACGGCGCCAGUGUACAUCCGUGAUCUAAUCACCUACCUGCGAGAUACUGAAAAUGUCGAGCGCUAUCACCUCGCCAUCACUACUGCGCCGUCCUUGAUCCGCCGCAAGACGGGGUUCGGAACCGAACUCAUCGAACAAACAGAAGAGCUAGCGCUCAUACUUGUUGGUCUGCAAAACGACAGCAAUGCCCCACAGUUUCACGAGUCCCGUCUUCAAAGCAUGAUUGCAUUGAUCGUGUCCCAGCCACUAAAGAUGGGCCGUUGGUUCACUGCCAUCUACUUCGACGGCGAUCUCUCUCAGGUUCAACGCUCUGCUGUCCUCACGGCCCUGGGUUUGAGUGCUCGCGAGAUAGCCGGCAAUGGAGAUGAUGAUGCUCGAAUGCUGGGUCUGCCAGCUAAGGAAGAUACAUCAUUCCCAUCCAUGCGUCUGGCUCCUGCUCUGGAAGCAAUCUACUCAAGCACACCUACCGAGUCCCCUCUCGCUACCCUCACAAGAGAAAUGUCUCGGGCUUCCCUUCAACCGCUCGCCGCUGAUGCAGCAGAUGCCAUCACGGGACCCAAUGCGCUCAAGGUGCGCACCUUCUCUUCCCGCAUGGAAGUUGAGAAGAAGCGUCAGGAGCGCGAUGCGCAGCGCCAGGAGUCAACUAUCAAAGACCUACACAAGGUGCUGGCUGAAGGGUUCUUCUAUCCCCUCCAAGGCCGGUUUGAGGUCAUGAUGCUACAGUUUUCCACAUCAUCCGCUCCCUCAUACAACCCCUUCUUCAUCCCACACCUCCUCACCCUCUUUCUACAAACCUUAUCCCUCAUCCUCACAACGGCAGGCCCCCACACCCCCUUCCUGGGAGGUCUAACACACGAAACGCUCUCCUUGCUCCUCUCACUACACUCUACAAAUGCAUCCAGCGAGCCAACCAUCACGGCGGCGCUACUCUCGCUCUUCUUGGCCGUGAUAGAUCUGAACGUCGCCUCCGGGUCGAACGGCGAGGAACGCCUGGUCACCGAGUACGCGACGCAGGUGAUUGAGUUGCGCGAAUGGGCUUCUCAGGUCUUUGAUCGGAUGCCGCCGGGGUCGAAAUCUGAUGCCAAGGAUGAUCCGCAGGAGCAGGUGCGCACCCUCGCUGCUGGGGUUAUGGUCCGGACGGGGGAGGUAAUGGAGCGGUAUCAGGGACGGUUGAUGGGUGUUAACGCAGGGUUCAAGUACUGA